GGCUCUACCUGUCAUUCAAAGUUAACAUUGUUAUCCCCAAAGCCAACAACAAAACAACCAAAACAAACUACAACAGACAGACCAAGCUUCAGCAGGAAAGCUAGCCACUACAAAAAAAUAACAUCUCGAAUUCCCCAUUCCCAACUGAGAUUGAGAUUAUCCACAGUCCCAGCCACGUUCCUCCCGUAGCAAACACAGGCCUUGUGUUUGUUGUGUUGUAAAGAAACCACAGCUUUCUGGUAUGUUCUGUUUGUUGUAGAGAAAUUUAGCUACCAAUUCAUAUGCAUAUUGUAGAAUCCUAUACCAAUUCACAUGCAUGUGUAGAACCCUAAUACUCCUACUAUAUUGUACAUCAUAUGGACAAUCACAACAAUCCUUCAUCUUCAUCCCCAUAUAACACUGGCUAUGGAUACCCUCAUGUUCCACCUCCAUACCCAAUUCCCAAUUCUGCACCCUACCCACCUUCUGGCUACCCUCCCCCUCCCUCUUCCUCCUCCUAUUACAAUACUUCUCAUUCAGGCCGUCUUUACUAUCAAUACCCACCACCAAAUCUUCCACCCUCACCUUCCCAUUCAGGCCCCUUAGACUAUAGCUAUCCCCCACCUUCACAUUCUUCCCCACAACAUCCUUAUCCACCGUACCAAACUUACCCACCUCCCCAAACAGCAAUUCCCUCGAGUCAACCGAGCUUCCAACGCCAGGGUGGUUUCCAAUACGGUUCACCCCACCACCAUCAUCAACCCUUUUCGCCAUCAGAAAGCUACUCUAAUGCUCCAUCUCGCGCCAGUAGUUUCUCCAGCCAACACCAUCAAGAUAGUAACAAUUGUGAUAAUUACGGGGAGAAGACUCCCAUGUACCCACCCAUUGAUGAUUUAUUAUCUAAUGUCCAUAUAUCUGAUAAUGCCGGAUCUGUCCCUGCUUCGCUUCCAGCACCGGCAGCACAUUCAGUGUCAAGUUCUCCUAUGGUAUUGCAUAGUCAGAGUGCAAAGUAUGAAACCGAAGGGGAUUUGUGCGGGAAUUACAAUACUUCAGUUUCGGGUAAAUGGGAUGCAUCUCAUUCGGGUCCUGUUGAUUCUCCAUCUCAUCCUACUUUAUCCCAUUCAAGCUCAUUUCUUGAUUCCCCACAUAGUCAAAGUUUGCAAGUUGUGCCAUUUUCAACUUCUAAAGGGUCGUUAAAAGUUUUGCUCUUACAUGGGAAUUUAGAUAUUUGGGUGCAUGAGGCCAAGAACCUUCCAAACAUGGACAUGUUCCAUAAAACUUUAGGAGAGAUGUUUAGCAAACUACCGGGGAAUGUGAGCAGCAAGAUUGAAGGGACCAUAAAUCAUAAGAUUACUAGCGAUCCGUAUGUCUCCAUUUCCGUUUCGGGUGCUGUGAUUGGGAGGACUUAUGCAAUAAGUAAUAGUGAAGACGCUGCUUGGAUGCAACAGUUUUAUGUUCCCGUUGCACAUUAUGCUGCUGAAGUGCACUUUCUUGUUAAGAGUGAUGUUGUAGGGUCGCAGCUCAUGGGAGUUGUGGCGAUUCCAGUGGAACAAAUAUUCUCUGGGGCAAAAGUCCAGGGAUUGUAUCCUAUUCUUAGUAGCAAUGGAAAGCCCUGUAAGCCUGGAGCUCUUUUGAGUCUCUCAAUUCAGUACAUACCAAUAGAUAUUGAUAACUCGGGCAUUUAUCAUCAUGGUGUUGGAGCUGGUCCUGAUUAUUUUGGGGUUCCUGGCACAUAUUUCCCCCUUAGGAGAGGUGGAACAGUUACUCUUUAUCAAGACGCGCAUGUACCAGAUGAUUUCUUUCCUAAUUUAAACCUUGACCGUGGGAUGCACUACGUUCAAGGAAAAUGCUGGCACGACAUUUUUGAUGCAAUACGCCAGGCGCGGCGUUUGGUUUAUAUUACUGGUUGGUCAGUAUGGCACCAAGUGAGACUGGUUAGGGAUGCCGAUGAUGCAGCAGUUUACACUCUGGGAGAUCUUUUGAAGUCAAAGUCACAGGAAGGAGUGAGAGUGCUACUGCUUGUGUGGGAUGACCCUACUUCAAGGAGCAUCCUGGGCUACAAAACAGAUGGACUCAUGCAUACCCAUGAUGAAGAAACUCGCGAAUUUUUCAAGCAUUCUUCAGUGCAUGUGCUACUUUGUCCCCGUGCAGCGGGAAAAAAGCACAGUUGGAUUAGGCAAAGGGAAGUCGGAAUAAUCUACACACACCAUCAGAAAACUGUAAUUGUGGAUGCUGUCAUGGGCAAUAAUAGAAGAAAAAUUAUAGCUUUUCUUGGGGGACUGGAUUUAUGUGAUGGCCGAUAUGAUACUCCACAGCAUCCUAUAUUUAGGACACUACAUACCGUGCAUUCAGAUGACUAUCACAACCCCACCUACAUGGGAAAUGUUGCUGGCUGUCCAAGAGAACCAUGGCAUGACUUGCACUGUAAAAUUGAUGGUCCGGCAGCAUAUGAUGUUCUGACAAACUUUGAGGAGCGCUGGUUGAAGGCUUCUAAACCCCAUGGCAUAAAAAAGCUGAAGAUGUCUUAUGAUGAUUGUUUACUCCGAAUAGAUAGGAUGCCUGACAUAGCUGGGGUGAUUGAUACUCCUUGCGUAAGUGAGAAUGAUCCUGAGGGUUGGCAUGUCCAGAUUUUUCGUUCUAUUGAUUCAAAUUCAGUUAGAAAAUUUCCAAAUGAUCCCAAGGAAGCUAUUAGCAAGAACUUGAUGUGUGGUGAGAAUGUUCUUAUUGACAUGAGCAUACAUACAGCAUAUGUAAAGGCUAUUCGUGCUGCUCAACAUUACAUCUAUAUUGAAAAUCAGUAUUUCAUAGGGUCUUCUUACAAUUGGACCUCCAACAAAGACUUAGGUGCAAACAAUUUGAUUCCCAUGGAGAUAGCCCUUAAAAUUGCUGACAAAAUUAGAGCACAUGAGAGGUUUUCAGUUUACAUCGUUAUUCCUAUGUGGCCAGAAGGCAACCCAACAGGUGCUGCUACACAAAGGAUAUUAUUUUGGCAGCACAAAACAAUGCAAAUGAUGUAUGAGACCACAUACAAGGCUUUAGUGGAGGUUGGGCUUGAGGAUGCAUUCACACCACAAGAUUAUCUGAACUUCUACUGUCUUGGCAACCGUGAAGUUGUAGGCAAUGAGUUUUCAGCUUCAAGUGCAGAAAGUUCUGCUCCUGCAAACAGUCCUCAGGCUUUGAGCCGGAAAAACCGAAGAUUCAUGAUUUAUGUUCAUUCAAAAGGCAUGAUAGUGGAUGAUGAGUUUGUGAUAUUGGGGUCUGCAAACAUCAACCAGCGCUCGAUGGAGGGCACCAGAGACACAGAGAUUGCAAUGGGAGCCUACCAACCUCAUCAUACUUGGGCAAAAAGUUCAUCUAAUCCACGUGGACAGAUCUAUGGAUACAGAAUGUCUUUGUGGUCAGAGCAUCUUGGAACCAUUGAGGAAUGCUUUACUAGACCCGAAAGUAUUGAAUGCGUGAGAAAGGUCAGGUCAAUGGGUGAGGCAAACUGGAAACAGUUCGAAUCCGAUGAGGUGACAGAGAUGAGGGGGCACUUACUGAAGUACCCGGUUGAAGUUGAUCGAAGAGGCAAGGUGAGGCCGCUUCCUGGAUGCGAAACAUUCCCAGAUGUCGGUGGACAAAUAGUCGGGUCAUUCCUUGCCAUUCAAGAAAACUUAACCAUAUGAAUCCAUAUGAAUCAGCUGAUUCAUUUGCUCUAUUUUCUCGAACAGAAGAGAACAUCCAUUAAUUAUGGGUAAAAUGGAUACAGAUUCUCAGUCAAUCAGGUGCGAAAAGUGCAGUUUUGAGUACAACUUGUUUUACUUCACGGUCACCACCCCCUUUGAAGUUGGGUCUAAUCCUGGCGGCGAUAUGGUAAUCGGUAGACUAAGGGCACGAAAAAAAAAGAGCCUGUCCCGGUGGCCAUAUGGUAAUCGAUUUUCUGCGUCGCUAAACUUAUAGGACCAAGUUGCUCUGUAUAGUCAUUUGUUCCCUUAAGUUUGGUUUCCAUAAAUCGUUUGGCCUUGUUCUCUGAGUUCUGGGAAAUUUUUGGGCACGGGAAGGGUAUUGCCACGUGGUGCCCGGCACCCGUCCGAGCCGUCCAAAACACUUUUUGGACGGCUCGGAUUUGAGGGACUGUUUUGGACAGCUCGGACGGAGUGCCACACGGCCCAGGCACCACGUGGCAAUACCCUCUCGGCACCCAAAAAUUUCUCAUGAGUUCUAAUCUUUUGAGGAGUAAAUAUAUGUAACAGUUGUCUUAUUACUCGCUUGUUUUUACAAGCGAGUAUUCACAUCAAUUCCUUUUGUUGUUUUUUUUACCAACGAUAAAAUCCCAUUUAUAUAUAAUAUGAAAACAGUACAGUCAUAUUCACUUA